AGCCCCAAAAUGGAGCAGAUCAUGGAGAUCCUGAGAAGGAUAAAGAGCAGCUAUUACUCGUCCUUCAAUGACAUCUGCAUCAAAGUCAACCAAGCUCUAUUGGAGGCAGAGGACAUAGAUUUACACCUGCGUCCAUUGAGACGGCUGAUUAGCAGCUUUGAGGAAAGAAGUUUUCCACAAGUCGAGAUCCUUCUGGCUCCCCUCUUCCACACACUCUGCCUCAUCUGGAGCCACUCCCAGUACUACUGCUCCCCGCAGCGCAUGGUGGCCCUCCUGCAGGAGUUCUGCAACCUGCUCAUUGAUAAGGCCUUUGCCUACCUGCUUCCUGAGGAGCUUUUUAAGAUGGAGCUAGAGGAAGGUGUAGAGAGGGUCCAGAUGACCAUCUCAGUUCUGCACAGCUUCAAGCGUCUGUUCUACGCACAUCGCCAGCAGAUACCCCAGUACCACCGCCAUGGGCAGACCGUCAAGCUCUGGGACUUUCCUGCCACCCUGGUGUUCCGACACACAGAUCGCAUCAUGGAGAGGCUGCUCAUGAUUGAGGUGCUGUUUGCAUCAGCUUUGGACUUCCUGAAGCUGGAGAAAGUGGAGCUGGGGGGAUCCAGAGGGAAGAUCCUCAGUGAGAUGGUCUUCGGCAUGAAUGAGGAGUUUCACGACCGCUGGCGAGCCCUCAGAGAAAGCAAAUAUAACCCUCUGAACUACAACAGUGAUGAAUUUCUCAAAGAUUACAAGCGUUUCAUGGAACAGAACAUGGAUUUCGAUGAGAGGCUGGGGACCGUUCUUAAUUUAGCCUUCCAGCAUUCGAAGGGCCUGGAGUCCACCUUUAAGUUAUUGGAGAUCUUUGGCACCCUUCUGGAGAGGCCCAGGAUCAACCAGCUGUUCUCUCCGAACUACAGCCUAUUGUUGGUCAUGUUCAAUGAGGAAAUAGAGCACUGUGAGCUCAUAUUAGACCAGCGCAGAGAUGUGCUAAGGUCAGGCUACGUGGUGCUGGGUAAAAAUAUGCCAACUAUGGCUGGCAACCUCAUAUGGUCCAAGGAGCUACGAGACUUCAUUCUUACCAACAGGAGCAAACUCUGCCAGCUGACACACUUGCCUCUGGAUUCGACCGAGGCGGAGGAUGUCCUGCAGAAGUGUGAGCGGGUUCUGCAGGUUCUUGAGCAGCAUGAUGAAGAACUGUUCUCAGAAUGGACCGAGGGGCUGGAGGAGCUCUGUCACACACACCUCCAGGAAACACUGCUCACCCUGGAUAACGACACUGGCCUGUUUGAGGUCAACUUUCACCCUGCAUUAACCUCAGUGCUGAGGGAAGUGAAGUAUCUAAGUAUGUUGAAGAACCACACCAUAUCUAAAGCAGCUCUUCACCUCUACUCCAAGCGAGAGACUCUUUACAUUUAUACUCAGACACUGACCCUGGUCACCCAGUGGUAUAACCGGCUCCACAGCACCAUCCUGGCCGUGGAGCUGGCAUUGAUCAAGGAGGAGAUGAGCGAGACCAGACGACAGCUAAAUCCCGCCCUGCAGGAACUGACCUGGGAUCAGGACGACUUGUGGGACUACAUCCACACCACACGAGACCUAGUCAAGGGAGUGUCAAGCCGUGUCCAAAGGAGCAAGGCCAAUGUGGAGGCCAUCCAGGCUCUGAUGGAGAAGUUCAGCCACCAGGCCUUCAUCACCAGGAGGAGCCGGGAGUCCACGCUCCUCCUCCUCUCUGAUGUGGAGGAGAGCGUGACCAGACAGUAUGCACUCAUAACCAACACUGGAGAGCAAAUACACAAACUGCUGCAGGAGAACCAGUCUCUGCUGAGCGUAUCUGACCCAGUCAGCUCUGAAUGGCAGGCCUACACAGAGUAUGUGGACCGCAUUAUUCUGGCAGGCUUCUCCAACUCCGUUCGCUGUUCCCUGCAGUACUUUGUGGACAACACUGACCCAGCCCAGCGCAUUUUGCCGCUCUUUGAGGUCCAGCUGGUCCUCAACGCCAACGAGAUGAAAUUUGACCCCUCGCUGGACCUCAGCCACCAGGGCAACUUCUAUGAUAUCAUCGAUAAGAUGGUGGCCAGUACCACCAAAAUGGCUUCCUUCAUACCCCGAGUCGCCAAGCAUAAGCAGUUGGAUAACUAUCAGUUUGACGUAGAUGGGAUGGCAGAUUUGUCAGAGCUGUGCAGCGUUAUCCGAUCUCGGGCACGCAUGGCCAUUUCCAAGGUCAGGGAGUAUCAGGGAUCAUUUGCCAGCUAUCGCUACCUCUGGACUGACGACAGGUCUGAAUUUAUGAGACAGUUCUUGCUCUAUGGCCGUGUGCUCAGUACAGAGGAAGUGGAAUUGUACGCUGACUAUGAACUGAAAAAGAACCCCCCGACUCUGGACAAUUUCAAAGAACAGAUCAACCUGUUUGAGUCUCUGUAUGUGCAUGUGAGCAAGAUGGAGGACAAGAGGGUGUUCUGUGGCUGGCUGCAGCUAGACAUCCGACCCUUCAAACUCACACUUAUGAACAUCAUCAAGAGAUGGAGCUGGAUGUUCAAGGAGCACCUGCUCAACCACGUCAAUGAGAGUGUGAGGGACCUGUCCUCCUUUGUCCAGGACACAGCCCAUGGUCUGUCUAAAAAGGUGUCAAGUGGGGACUACGCUGGCCUGGUAGAUAUCAUGGGUCACCUCAUGGCCAUACGAGACAGACAGAUCAGCAACGACCAGCACUUUAAACCUCUCAAGUCUACCGCUGAGCUGCUCAAGACCUACGGACAGCAACUCCCAGAGGGCAUCUACACACAGCUGGAGGAGCUGCCUGAGAAGUGGAAGAGUCUGAGGAAGAUAGCAUUCACUGUCAAACACGAAGUGGCACCGCUGCAGUCCAAUGAAGUCUCAGUCAUACGCAGGAAGUGUGUCCGUUUUGAGGUCAAACAGCUCGAGUUCAGAGAGAUUUUCCGUACCGAAGCCAUCUUUAAGAUUAAUGUGGAGGAGCCGUAUAAGCUGCUUGACAAGUCCAACCGUGCUGUAGCAGUUUUAGAAGCAGAGAUGAAAAAGUUGCAGGACACAGCUAAUCUAUUUGAGGUCAGCUUCCCUGAAUAUAAGCAGUUGUGUCAGUGUCGCACUGACAUCAUACUGGUCAAAGCGGUCUGGGAUAUGGUCAUAUUUGUCAAGACUAGUAUAGAGGACUGGACCAAGACUCCGUGGAAAGAAAUUAACGUGGAGCAAAUGGACAUGGAGCUCAGACGAUUUGCAAAGGAGAUUAAGACCCUGGAUAAAGAGGUUCGUGUGUGGGACGUAUACACGGGUCUGGAAACAACCGUGAAGAACAUGCUGACCUCUCUGAGAGCAGUCAACGAGCUGCAGAACUCUGCUGUUAGAGAGAGACACUGGCAGCAGCUCAUGAACACCACUGGGGUGAGAUUUGUGAUGGGGGAGGGCACCACCCUGGGGGAACUGCUGGAACUACAGCUGCAUCGUGUUGAAGAUGAGGUCAAAAACAUAGUAGAUAAAGCUGUGAAAGAGAUGGCUAUAGAGAAGGUGUUAGCCGAGAUCACUCAGACAUGGAGCGUGAUGGCUUUAUCCUAUGAAACUCACACCAGCACAGGGACACCCCUGCUCAAAGCAGAUGAAAACCUGAUAGAAACGUUGGAAGACAACCAGAUGCAGCUGCAGAACAUUCUGAUGAGUAAGUACGUGGAGUACUUCCAGGCAGAGGUGAGUGGCUGGCAGAGGAGGUUAAUGGUGGCUGACCUGGUCAUCUCCUCCUGGAUGUCUGUGCAGAGGACUUGGGCCCAUCUUAACAGCAUCUUCACCAACAGCCAUGACAUCCGCUGCCAGCUGGCCAAUGAUGCCCAGCGCUUCCAGGGCAUAUACACCGACUUCCAGAACCUGAUGACGGGGGUGGUGAAGAACAGCAAUGUGCUGGCAGUCACCAACCAGCAGGGCUUCCUGGAGGAGCUGGAGGCAUUACAACAGAGGUUGUCUGUGUGUGAGAAGGCCCUGGCCGAGUACCUGGAGACCAAGAGGCUCACCUUCCCCAGAUUCUACUUUGUCUCUGCCACGGACCUGUUGGAGAUCGUUUCCAAAGGAACGCAACCCAAACAGGUGACCAGACACUUAUUGAAGCUAUUUGACAACAUAGCAGACCUUCGCUUCAAGGAUUCAGAGGAGGGUGGAGAUGGUGCCGAGGGGGAUGGGGAGACUGUUGCGAUUGGGAUGUACAGCCGAGAGAGGGAGUAUGUCCCGUUCUCCGAACCGUGUGUCUGCAAGGGACAGGCCGAGUCUUGGUUGAGUGCAUUGGAGAGCACCAUGCGCAGCACAGUUCGAAAGGAGAUUCGGGAGGCCGUAGCCGCCUAUGAAGAUAAACCGCGAGACCAGUGGCUCUUUGAUUACCCAGCCCAGGUGGGUCUGACUGGCAGUCAGGUGUGGUGGGCUACAGACGUGGGCAUUGCAUUUGAGAGGGUGGAGGAGGGCUUUGAGACUGCCUUGAAAGACUAUAACAAAAAGCAGAUCACCCAGCUGAACUCCUUAAUUCACAUGUUGCUUGGAGAACUGACCCCGGGGGACAGACAGAAAAUCAUGACUAUCUGCACCAUCGACGUCCAUGCUCGAGAUGUUGUCGCCAAACUUAUUGCACAGAAAGUGAUAACAGGCCAAGCAUUUGCCUGGCUCUCCCAGUUGCGCCACCACUGGCAUGAUGAAACCAGACACUGCUACAUUAAUAUCUGUGAUGCCCAGUUUCAGUUCAGCUAUGAAUAUCUGGGAAACACCAACAGACUGGUUAUCACCCCACUCACUGACCGGUGUUACAUAACCCUUACUCAAUCCCUCCACCUGACUAUGAGUGGCGCCCCCUCUGGCCCAGCCGGCACCGGCAAGACAGAGACUACGAAGGACCUUGGUCGCUCCCUUGGCAUCAUGGUCUAUGUCUUCAAUUGCUCUGAACAGAUGGACUACAAGUCAAUAGGGAACAUUUAUAAAGGUCUGGCUCAGACGGGUGUGUGGGGAUGUUUUGAUGAAUUCAACAGGAUCUCAGUGGAGGUGCUGUCAGUCGUGGCAGUACAGGUCAAAACCAUACAGGAUGCCAUACGAAACAAGAAACAGAGGUUCCACUUCCUGGGGGAGGAGAUAGAAUUGAGGCCAACAGUAGGAAUCUUCAUAACUCUGAACCCUGGCUAUGCCGGCAGGGCUGAGCUCCCAGAGAACCUCAAGGCUUUAUUCAGGCCCUGUGCGAUGGUGAUCCCUGACUUUGAGCUGAUCUGCGAGAUCAUGCUGGUGGCAGAAGGCUUCAUAGAUGCUCGUCUGCUCGCUCGCAAGUUCAUAAGCCUCUACACUCUCUGCAAGGAGCUGCUGUCCAAACAGGAUCAUUAUGACUGGGGCUUGAGGGCCAUCAAAUCAGUUCUGGUGGUGGCUGGAUCCUUGAAGAGAGAAGACAAGAGCAAGCCCGAGGAACAGGUGCUGAUGCGGGCGCUUAGGGAUUUCAACCUGCCUAAGAUAGUGACCAGUGAUGUACCUAUUUUCCUGGGGCUGAUCAGUGAUCUGUUCCCCCAGCUGGAUGUGCUCAGGAAGAGAGAUCCUGAGCUGGAGAAUGCUGUGCGCCAGUCAGUCAGUGAACUGCGCCUGCAGCCAGAGGAAAAUUUCAUACUCAAGGUGACCCAGUUGGAGGAGCUGUUGGCUGUGAGACAUUCGGUGUUUGUGGUAGGGGGACCAGGAACAGGGAAGAGCCAGAUCCUGAAGACACUUCACAGAACUUAUGCAAACAUGAAGAUGAAGCCUGUGUGGAAUGACAUCAAUCCUAAAGCUGUGACCACAGACGAGCUGUUUGGAUACCUGCACCCAGCUACCAGAGAGUGGAAGGACGGUCUCUUCUCUUUCACCAUGAGAGAGCUGACCUCGGUGGGCCACAAUGGGCCAAAGUGGAUUGUUCUAGAUGGAGACAUCGACCCCAUGUGGAUAGAGUCACUUAACACAGUCAUGGAUGACAACAAGGUGCUGACUCUAGCCAGCAAUGAGAGGAUAAAUCUGUCGUCUUCUAUGCGUCUGCUGUUUGAGAUCUCUCACCUGAGGGCAGCUACUCCGGCCACUGUGUCCAGGGCAGGAAUACUCUAUGUCAACCCCCAGGACCUCGGCUGGAGCUCGUACGUGACGAGCUGGAUUGAAACCCGGCAGGCCCAGUCGGAGCGAGCCAACCUGACUAUUUUGUUUGAUAAGUAUGUCCCCUACUGCUUGGAACAGGUCCGCUGCAACCUGAAAACCAUUACUCCAAUACCAGAGAACAGCCUGGUUCAGACGCUUUGCUCCUUGUUGGACUGCUUGCUGACGACAGAGAAUACUCCGGCCGACUCUCCCAGAGAGCUCUAUGAGAUUUACUUCGUCUUUGCCUGUGUCUGGGCCUUCGGUGGGGCGCUUUUCCAGGAUCAUUUGAUUGACUACCGCUCUGAGUUCAGCCGCUGGUGGUCUAAAGAGAUGAGAGCAGUAAAGUUCCCUUCGCAGGGAACGGUGUUUGACUACUUCAUAGACUCUGAGUCCAAGAAGUUCACUCCGUGGAGUGAGAGGAUGAUUCCGUUUGAACUGGAGCUUGAUGUCCCACUACAGAAUGUGUUGGUCCACACCCCGGAGACCAUCUGUCUGACCUACUUCAUAGACCUGCUGCUGCAGAGAAGCAAGCCCAUCAUGCUGGUGGGCAACGCUGGGGUGGGCAAAACCAUCCUGGUGUCUGAUAAAGUGAGCAAGCUGAAGGAGGACUAUGUGGUGGCUAAAGUCCCCUUUAACUACUACACCACCUCAGCAAUGCUGCAACGCGUCCUGGAGAAGCCUCUGGAGAAGAAGGCAGGUCGUACCUUUGCUCCCUCAGGUGCCAAGAGACUCAUUUACUUCAUAGAUGACCUCAACAUGCCUGAGGUGGAUGUCUAUGGGACAGUCCAACCUCACACACUCAUACGCCAGCACCUCGACUACAACCACUGGUAUGACCGACAGAGAUUGGUGUUAAAGGAGAUCCAUAAUUGCCAGUACAUCACCUGUAUGAACCCAACAGCUGGGAGCUUCUCUGUCAACCCAAGACUACAGAGGCACUUCUCGGUGUUUGCGGUCCAUUUCCCUAGUGCUGACGCGUUAGCCACUAUCUUCUCCAGUAUCCUGUCUGCUCACUUCCUGCAAGGAGGAUUCAGCUUCGGGGUCUCUCGCUCUGUUGGAACUCUGAUACAGGCAGCCAUCUGUCUCCACCAGAAGAUCAGUCAGAAUUUCCUGCCUACAGCUAUACGCUUCUAUUACAUUUUCAAUCUCCGAGACCUUUCCAACAUCUUCCAGGGCAUCAUGUUUGCCCUGCCGGAGUGUAUUCGAUACCCCAUAGAUUUGGUCCAUCUGUGGCUCCAUGAGAGCGCCAGGGUCUACUCCGACAAACUGAUGGAAGAGAAAGAUGUGGAACUCUUCAAUAAGAUCUUACUGGACACAGGAAAGAGAUACUUUGAGGGAAUAGAUGAGUCCAUGUUCAUCCACCAGCCUCUGGUAUACUGUCACUUUGCCCAGGGAGUGGGCGAGCCUCGAUACCACCAGGCGUUAGACUGGGAGAAGCUCCAGAAGACACUGACCGAUGCUCUAGAACAUUACAAUGAACUGCAUGCCGUCAUGAACCUGGUGCUGUUUGAGGAAGCCAUUCAACAUGUGUGUCGUAUCAGCCGCAUCUUGGAGGCUCCCCGUGGAAAUGCUCUGCUGGUGGGUGUGGGGGGCAGUGGGAAGCAGAGUCUGUGUCGGUUAGCUGCCUUCCUUAGCAUGCUGGAGGUUUUCCAGAUUACCAUACGCAAAGGCUACGGCAUCAAUGACCUCAGGAGUGAUUUAGCAUCAUUAUAUAUCAAGGUAGGGGUGAAAAACAUUGGGACAGUUUUCCUCCACACAGACGCCCAGGUACCAGACGAGCGCUUCCUUGUCCUCAUCAAUGACAUGCUGGCCUCAGGAGACAUUCCAGACCUGUUUAGUGACGAGGAGACGGAUAUGAUUGUGACAUCUAUCCGAAUGGAGCUGAGAGGCUUAGGACUCCUGGACACCAGAGACAACUGCUGGAGCUUCUUCAUCGAGAGGAUACGACGCCAGCUCAAAGUGGUCCUGUGUUUCUCCCCAGUGGGGUUCACUUUACGUACGCGUGCACGCAAGUUUCCUGCUCUGGUGAACUGUACAGCCAUUGACUGGUUUCACCCCUGGCCUCAGCUGGCCCUGCAGUCCGUCAGCUCAACCUUCAUAGAGAGGAUACCUGGACUGGAGUCAAAUGUCCGUGCAUCGAUCAGUGAGUUCAUCUCCUAUACGCACACCAGUGUCAAUGAGGUGAGCGUCAAAUACCAGCAGAGUGAGAAGCACUUCAACUACACUACACCCAAGAGCUUCUUGGAGUUUAUGAAGCUGUAUGGCAACCUGCUGGGGAAAAAACGCAAAGAGCUGGCCCAGAAGAUGGAAAGGCUAGAGAACGGUCUACAGAAACUACAGACUACAGCUUCACAGGUGGAGGAUCUGAAAGCUAAGCUUGCAGUGCAAGAGGUGGAGCUGUGGCAGAGAAACACAGACACAGAGGCUCUUAUCACCAAAAUAGGACAACAGACCGACAAGCUCAACCAGGAGAGGGCCGUAGCCGAUGCCGAGGAGCAAAAGGUUGAAGCCAUCCAGGCUGAGGUGACCAAGCAGCAGCAACAGACUGAGGAGGACCUAGCCAAGGCUGAGCCGGCCCUCCAGGCAGCUAAUGCAGCCCUCAAUACACUUAACAGGUUGAAUCUCACUGAGCUGAGGACAUUCCCCAACCCUCCAGCUAUCGUCACCAACGUCUCUGCAGCCGUGUUAGUGCUGCUGGCUCCUCAGGGCCGCAUCCCCAAAGAGCGCAGCUGGAAGGCGGCCAAGGUGGUGAUGAGCAAGGUGGAUGACUUCUUGCAGGCUCUGGUGAACUUUGACAAGGAGCACAUCCCCGAGGCUACUGUGAGAUGUGUGAGAGAUGAGUACCUCAGUGACCCGGAGUUCAACCCUGAGUUUGUGCGUCUCAAAUCCUCUGCCGCUGCAGGGCUCUGCGCCUGGGUCAUCAACAUUAUACGCUUUCACGAGGUAUUCUGUGAAGUAGAGGUGAAGAGGAUGUGCCUGUCUCAGGCCAGUGCUGAUCUGGCUGAGGCUGCUGAGAAACUCGAGGCCAUCAGGAAGAAACUAGCUGAACUGGACAGCAGUCUGGAAACUCUGACGACAGCUUUUGAGACAGCAACCUCAGAGAAGCUACGGUGUCAGGAUGAGGUCAACUGCACUAACAAGACCAUAGAGCUCGCCAAUCGAUUGGUCAGGGGACUGGAGAGCGAGAAUGUGCGCUGGGCUCAUUCGGUAGCCCAGUACCAUGAGCAGGAGGAAACUCUCUGUGGUGACGUCCUGCUGACAGCGGCUUUCAUCUCCUACGCCGGCUCCUUCUCUAAGAAGUACAGGAGAGAGCUUCUGGACAACCUCUGGAUGCCAUUCCUCCGCAGCCAGAGGGUGCCCAUCCCCAUGACAGAGGGCCUAGACCCGGUGUCCAUGCUGACUGAUGAUGCUACAGUGGCCCAGUGGAACAACGAGGGCCUGCCGGGAGAUAAAAUGUCCACCCAGAAUGCGACUAUUCUCAUCAACUGUGAACGCUGGCCUCUUCUCAUUGACCCUCAGUUGCAGGGCAUUAAGUGGAUUAAGAGUCGUUAUGGGAGCAGCCUGAAGGUGGUCAAUUUAGGACAGAAAGGCUAUGUUGAUGUGAUAGAGCAGGCCGUGCUAACAGGUGACACCGUCCUCAUAGAGAACCUAGAGGAGACCAUCGACCCCCUUAUAGACCCUUUGUUGGGACGACACACCAUCAAGAAGGGCAGUUGCAUAAAGGUUGGAGAUAAGGAGUGUUACUUCCACCCAAGCUUCAGACUGAUCCUCCACACUAAGCUGGCCAAUCCUCACUACAAGCCAGAGAUCCAGGCCCAAACAACCCUCAUCAAUUUCACGGUGACCCGGGAUGGCCUGGAGGACCAGCUCCUGGCUCAGGUCGUCAACCAAGAGAGACCCGACCUGGAGCACCUUAAGAGUGAGCUGACCAAGCAGCAAAACUUGUUUAAAAUCGAGCUGAAGCUGCUAGAAGACGAGCUGCUGACCAGGCUGUCUGCUGCAGAGAGCAACUUCCUCGGGGACAACCUCCUGGUGGAGAAACUAGAAACCACCAAACACACCGCCGCCGAGAUUGAGAUGAAGGUCCUGGAGGCUAAGGUUAAUGAGGUGAAGAUAAACGAAGCGAGAGAGCACUAUCGCCCCGUUGCUGUCAGAGCCUCUCUGCUUUACUUCAUCAUGAAUGAUCUCAACAAGAUCAACCCCAUGUACCAGUUCAGCCUGAAGGCAUUUAACGUGGUCUUUCACAAAGCAGUGGAAAUGGCAGAGGCCAGCGAGGACGUGAAGAGCCGAGUAAACACGCUCAUAGACCGCAUCACCUACUCCACUUUCAAUUACAUCAGCAGGGGGCUGUUUGAGAGAGACAAGCUCACAUUCACCGCACAGCUGGCCUUCCAGUUGCUGCUGAUGAGCAAGGAGAUAGACGUACGAGAGCUGGACUUCCUACUGCGUUUCAGCAUUGACCACAGUUACGUCAGCCCUCUGGACUUUCUCUCAAACUCAGCAUGGAGUGCCAUCAAGACGAUGAGUUUCACUGAUGAGUUUCGUGGCUUGGACCGGGACAUCGAGGGCUCCCCUAAGCGCUGGAAGAAAUUGGUGGAGUCUGAGUGCCCAGAGAAGGAGAAGUUUCCUCAGGAGUGGAAAGGAAAAAGCUCCCUGCAGAAGCUCAUCAUGAUGAGAGCCCUGAGGCCCGACCGCAUGACCUACGCUGUCAGGAUCUUUGUGGAAGAGAAGCUUGGGGUGCAAUAUACAGAAGGCAGGAAGACAGAGUUUGCUAAAUCCUUCAGAGAGAGCGGUCCAGCCUCCCCAGUCUUCUUCAUCCUCUCCCCUGGAGUGGACCCGCUGAAGGAUGUAGAGUCACUCGGAAGGAAGCUGGGUUUUACCAUUGACUUGGGGAAGCUCCACAAUGUGUCCCUGGGUCAGGGCCAAGAGGCUGUGGCUGAGAUUGCUAUGGAGAAGGCUGCCAAGGAAGGUCACUGGGUCAUAUUGCAGAACAUCCACCUGGUGGCUCGCUGGCUGGGUUCACUGGAGAAGCUGCUGGAGCGCUGCUGUGAAGGCAGCCACCCCGACUACAGAGUCUUUAUGAGUGCCGAACCCACCCCAAUGCCGCAGGAGCACAUUAUCCCACAGGGUAUUCUGGAAAAUGCGAUCAAGAUCACCAAUGAGCCUCCAACAGGCAUGCAUGCCAACUUGCAUGCUGCUCUGGAUAACUUCGACCAGGACAUUCUGGACCAGUGUAGUCGUGAGCAGGAGUUUAAGACCAUCCUCUUCUCACUGUGUUAUUUCCACGCCUGUGUGGCAGAGAGGAGGAAGUUUGGUCCCCAGGGCUGGAACAGGAAGUAUCCCUUCAACACCGGAGAUCUGACCAUAUCUGUCAACGUCUUGUACAACUAUCUGGAGGCUAACUCACAGGUGCCCUGGGAGGACCUGAGGUAUCUUUUUGGUGAGAUCAUGUAUGGAGGUCACAUCACAGAUGACUGGGACAGAAGGCUUUGCAGAACAUACCUGGAAGAAUACAUGCAGCCUAACCAGUUUGACAGGAAGCUGGCGUUGGCCCCAGGAUUUGUCAUUCCUUCCAACCUGGACUACCAGGGUUACCACGGUUACAUUGAUGAGAUGCUGCCGCAUGAGAGUCCGGUCCAUUACGGCUUACAUCCCAACGCGGAAAUUGAGUUUCUGACAGUGACGUCGGAUAACCUGUUUCACACUCUGCUGGAGCUGCAGUCUCCAGAUGCUGUCAUGGGGGAGGGCGCCUCGCAAACCCUGGAGGAGAAGGUGAAGACAAUUUUAGACGAGGUGCUGGAGAAGCUACCGGAGGAGUACAAUAUGUCCGACAUCACCUCCAAGACAGUUGAACGGUCCCCCUACAUCCUGGUCUGCUUCCAGGAGUGUGAGCGGAUGAACAUGCUCAUCCAUGAGAUAAGGCGCUCGCUCAGAGAGUUAGACCUGGGACUCAAAGGUGAACUGGCAAUUUCCUCGGAGAUGGAGCAGCUGCAAACAGCCCUGUUCUUUGACAAUGUCCCAGACACCUGGGCCAAGCUGGCCUACCCGUCCACCUACAGCCUGGCUCAGUGGUAUAAUGAUGUGUUGCUGCGUUGUAGAGAGUUGGACAGUUGGACUCAGGACCUGUCUCUGCCUAGUGUUGUCUGGCUGUCCGGGCUUUUCAACCCACAGUCCUUCCUCACUGCUGUGAUGCAGUCGCUGGCCCGUAAGAAUGAAUGGGCGCUGGAUAAGAUGAAUCUCACUGUAGAUGUAACCAAGAAGUUUAAAGAAGACUUCAACCAGCCUGCAAGGGAAGGGGCAUAUGUAUACGGGCUUUACAUGGAAGGGGCAAGGUGGGACACCCAGACGGGGGUGAUCACCGAGGCCCGUCUGAAGGAGUUAACCCCGGCCAUGCCUGUGAUCUCUGUCAGAGCCAUGCCCAACGACCGCCAGGAGACCAGAAACAUCUAUGAGUGUCCGCUGUACAAAACCAAGAUCAGAGGACCGACCUACGUCUGGACCUUCAGUCUCAAAACCAGGGAGAGACCCGCCAAGUGGAUCCUGGCCGGGGUGGCUUUACUGCUUAGCGUGUGA